AUGGCCGAUGUUAUUGAUGAUGUUAUGGGAGGUGUGAUUGAAAAUGAUACCAACUGCAACGAAGGGAACCUAGAUACAGACGGUAGAGGUGUUGAUGUUGGAUUUCAAAAACUAUUAGAGGAAGUCCAAUUCAAAUUAUAUCAUGGAUGUUCAUUUUCGUCCCUUAACUUUUUAGCAAAGCUGAUGCAUAUCAAGGUGAUCAACAAAUGGACUGAUAGUUCAUUUGAUCAGCUUCUUGAGUUAUUGCAAACUGCAUUUCCUGAAGGAAACAGGGUCCCCCCGUCACAUUACGAAGCAAAAAAGACACUUAAAAAGAUCGGCUUAGGUUAUGAGCCAAUACACGUAUGUAAAAAUGACUGCUUUCUUUUUCGGAAAGAACACGAGUUGUUGCAAAAAUGUCCAGUUUGUAAUGAGAGUCGGUGGGUUGAUGAAAAUACAAAGGGUAAGAAGGUGGCUCAUAAGGUUUUACGAUAUUUUCCUGUGACCCCCAGACUACAACGUCUGUAUUGUUCAAGACACACAGCUAAAUAUAUGAUUUGGCAUUGUACCAGACAAUCCAAAGAUGGUACGAUGAUUCAUCCCAUUGAUGGUACUUCAUGGAAAAAAAUUGAUAUGAAGUAUCCUGAGUUCUCGAGGGAACCCCGAAACGUAUGCUUAGGGCUUGCUGCUGAUGGUUUUAAUCCGUUUGGUAACAUGUGUAAUCCUCACAGCACGUGGCCUGUCAUACUCACCACUUACAAUCUUCCACCAUGGCUAUGCAUGAAAGAGUCAUCUUUCAUGUUGACCUUGUUGAUUCCCGACCCCAAAGCACCCGGGAAGGACUUGGAUGUGUUCCUUAGGCCGUUAGUGGAUGAGUUGAAGCAGUUAUGGAGUUUUGGAGUACGUACUAAAGAUGCAGCGACAAAUACAUUCUUCAAUAUGAAAGCGAUGUUGUUAUGGACAAUAAACGACUUUCCCGCUCGUAGUAGUUUAUCCGAUGCUGACCAUCCAUGGAGAAAAAGUUUGGACUAUAAUGGCAAACAUGAGACAAGAGGUCCUCCAAGAAAGUUUAGUGAGGAAGAAAUACAAGCGCAACAUGCUCGUCUAUUGUUUCGUUCACCGGGUAAAGUAGCUGUUCAACGAGCUGGUAUUAAGAGAGAUCGUGAGGAUUUCGAGUUGAAUUGGUCCAAAAAGAGCAUAUUCUUUGAACUUGAGUAUUGGUCUUCUCUGGAGCUGAAGCACAAUUUCGAUCUUAUGCAUGUUGAAAAAAAUGUGGGUGAGAGUCUUGUGGGUACUUCUCUGACGAAUGAUAAGUCUAAAGACACAUCAAAUGCUUGGGCAGACUUGACAAAACUGAACAUUCGAAAAAAUCUAUGGUUGAAAAAGAAUGGAAACAAGUUCCAUAAACCCCAUCCACCUUACUCGUUCACGAAACCUGACCGCAUUCGUUUUUGUAAGUUUAUAAGAAAUGUGAAACUGCCAGAUGGGUUUAGAUCUAACAUCGGUAAGAAAGUGAAUGAAACCAAUACUAACAUUAUUGGGUUGAAAUCUCAUGAUUAUCAUAUUCUUAGGCAACGUUUGUUACCCAUUGGAGUUAAAGGUCUUUUGGGGAAAGGUGUUUAUACACCAAUAAUAGAGCUUUGUAUGUUUUUUAAGCAACUUUGCUCAAGAACAUUGUCGGUGAAGGAUAUGAAAGAAGCGAAACCAGCCAUUAUUAAAAUAUUGUGCAAAUUAGUAGUGAUCUAUCCUCCUGCGUUUUUUAACAUUAUGGUUCAUUUAGUUUUGCAUUUACCUGAUGAAGCAAUUUCUGGAGGCCCAGUAUGUAUGAGAUGGAUGUAUCCCUUUGAAAGGUAUAUGAAAAAACUAAAAAACUAUGUCAGAAACAAGGCGAGGCCGGAAGGUUCUAUAGCUGAGGGUUAUGUCGCUGAAGAGGCAUUAUCAUUUUGUCCGAUGUACCUUGAAGAUGUUGAGACUCGAUCCAAUCGCCUUGAAAGAAACGAGGAUGUUAUCAUAGAAGAAACAAAGUUAUGGGUGUUUCAGUCUAAGUGUCGACCAACUAGCGGAAGGAAAAUGAAAAAUCUCAGUCCAGAGGAGAGAAAACGUCUACAUUGUUUUGUGCUUGAUAAUUGUGAAGAAGUCAGAAAGUAUAUUGCUGAAUUCAAAUCAUUACAUCCUGAAAGUGAUGAAAAAAUCGAAUUUCCUAAAUGGUUCCUUCAUAAGGUCUAUGAUAUGCAAAAACAAAAAUCUCCAGAGUUUAAUAAGGAGUUAUCGGCUCUUUCAAUCGGUGUGCAUGCGCAUGCCUUUACUUACACCGCUUGCAUAGUGAAUGGAGUUAGGUAUAUGGUACUUAUGCGUGACGCUCAACGAUCAACACAAAACUCGGGGGUUCUAACUGAGGGAGAGCAUAAGCAGAAAUAUUAUGGUCAGCUAGAAGAGAUUAUCGAGUUGCAUUAUCCUCAUAAAUAUUCCACCGUACUUUUUCGUUGCAAGUGGUUCGAUACUGCAGGAGUUAAAUCUGAUAAUAAUUUCACCAGUAUCGACCCACAACGCGAAUUGAGCAGCAAAGAUCAACUCAUAUUUGCUACGCAGGCCAAGCAAUGGGUUGUUGAAAAUGUUAAUCAUAGAAGAAUUUGGGAUCUACCGAUGAAUGAUGUUGAUCAUGAUCCCAUUGAAAAUGUCGACAAUGAUUCAACCGAUGUCGUUCUUAGUAAUGCUUCUUCUAAUUUCACUCUCUCAAUUGACUUUAGCCAGUACUUUCAAAAUUCUCAACCGGUUGAAGAUGAUAUUGAAGUUGACCCACCGGCGAGUAUCAUCAAUAAUGUGUGUGAUUGCAAGACUGAUUAUGAUGAGGAAGAGUCUAAUUAUGAUAGUGAUGUAUCGGCAGACACUGAAGUGUCUGAGGGCGAGAAUGAUUAA